AUCAGCCGAACCCGUCCAGCGGAACGACGUUUCCGAUGCUCACGCACGAAGCGAAGUGAAUGGGGGUGCGCUCUUCGUCUCUGUCCGACCAGUUCCAAGAGUGUGUUCCAAUGCGAGUGUCGUUUGUUCCGCCGAGUCCGCCGUCGGAGUUUCGCACGUUUUCUGGAGGACAAUAAUCCGCCGCAGCGAAUCGCCCGCGCCCCAAAAACUUGUCGUGCGUGAAUUUGCAGUGUCCUGGUCCGAGUGGCGAGUCCGCGAAUCGAUUUUCGGGCCCCUCACCCACUAAUUGGGCAGUGUUUGUCGCGUAUGCCGUCAGUUGGCUGCCGUUGGAGCCCCCGCGACCCCUGUGCGCCCUCGCUUCAUGGAAAACGUCGUUCUGGCCACUAUUUAGGUUUGCCUGACUUGUGAUCGCGUAAACAGUCGCCGUGAAUUGGGGCUCCCGCGCCAGUGCCCGUGAGUGAACGAGUGCGACCCAGUGAGCGUCCGAUUGGUGUUUGGCGUCCACAGUGUCCUGGAGCGCCCGUGGGCAGGAGUCGAGAUGCUGCCGAGCAGGAGGACAUCAGGCCGUCGGCCGUCAGGCUGGCUGCUGGCCAUUGUUUUGAUCGGCCUGGCCGCGACAGCGACCGCCGGAGAAGAGAAGAGCAGUAACACUGAGUCGAAAACUGUCCAACCCUCAACAACAACAUAUAAUGCAACUCCUAGAGAUGAAAUAUAUAUUGACGAUGAAGGAAUUGAAGGAUCUGGAGGUCGUGGCGAAAUCCACGACGAUUUAGAGAAAGAGCCGGAUUUCUCUGGUUCAGGCUUUGGACCAGAUGAUGAAGAUUCCACCACUGAUCGUCAUCACAGCACAUCCGGACAUCAGACAUCGUAUUCGUCCUCGUCAGGAGUCGGUGGUAACUCGGGCGGCACAUCAAAUACAAAUACCAACCGCCAAGAUAUAAACAAUCGAAAGGAAACAACACGUGUUACCGAAUACGAUCUUGGCUCAGGUGAUGGUGAUAUUGAUCAUGAUGACGACGAAGAUGUUGAUCGCGAACUUGAAAGUGUGGUUACCGAUCGUAGUGAAGAUGAUGAUAAUAAGAAAAAGGACGAUAGCGAUGGUGGCGAUGACAAUGGAUCCGAUAUAUUCACAAUCGUUACCGAUCCUAAUAAACAUGACGCCGAUGUUAUUGAACAUAGCACAGAUAGAUCUGGUGAAUCUGGAGUGAUUACGAAGGACGUACCAAAAUCAGGUAGUGAGAUCGAUCUUUCAGAAGGCAAAUCAAGAAAUCCAUCAACAGAUCAAGGUAGCACAAAUAGUGAAGAAGUCUUGAUAAUGAAUACAAAGAACGAAGAUAGGACGGCGAGCUUCUUUGCUCAGCCAGGAAUUUUGGCAGCCGUGAUUGGUGGAGCGGUAGUUGGUCUGUUAUGUGCGAUUUUAGUAGUUAUGUUCAUCGUGUAUAGAAUGCGAAAAAAGGACGAAGGUUCGUAUGCUUUGGACGAGCCGAAACGAUCUCCAGCACUCAAUACGUACGCGAAAAAUGGUAACAAUCGUGAAUUCUACGCCUGAGGAUUUUCUAUAAAUUCCAAUGAUGAUGGUAACUUGUAGUGAAAUUAUAUUUACAUACAAAAGAAACAAACAAAAAAACAAAAACAAAUGAAUACAAAGCGAAGCCAUAAAACUGAUUAUUCAAAUGCUAGAAAGAAUUUUGCAAAAUCGCAAUCUAUAAUUAGCACUACCACUUUAAUUGAUGACUAAAAAGAUUCUGUUGCCAGGCUGCAACAGAUACGCUAGAACCUAUUAAGAAGACAAGAGAAGGAAGCAGAAGAUGUUUUAUGUAAAACAAAAAUUUAAUUUCGAAAUGAAAUACCAAAAAUAAUGUUUAGAAAGCCCUUACACUAACUAGCAUAAUUUAGGACAGAUUUGAAGCUCUUAAUGAAUAUUCUUAGGUCUUUUUUCUUCCAAAUCGGCAAGCGGAAAACAGUUUCGGACGCGACGCGAGAUCCUCUCUUCAAUCUGUUCAUGUCGAAAUUAAAUUUUUUCCACACAUAUAUAUAUAUUAGUAACAUAGUUUUGAGAUAAAUAAGAGAAGUGUAAAGCGAACAAAAUAAGCUAGUUUUUAGUGAUUAGAACCGUUAAGGAAAAAAGAAAAAGCCUCUUUGAGUAAGUUAUCAAAGGGAAUAUAAAAGGAAAGCAUAAGAGUAACGGAAUUCAACGUUUUUUGUAGAGAUCAUGUGGUAAUUAACAUGUAAUGAUUCUUGUUUUUGUUGAUUACAGCAUUUAUAGAUUGUCCCUAUUAUCGCGUGCUGCUAGAUAGACAGCUUAGAUCUGAUAUAUACACUUUAUUAUUUUUACUAAUGAUAUUUUUAAUUUUACUAUAUAUUUUCUUAUAAAUUAUUGAACCCAUUAUAGCUUCCAAUUUAUAUAACUAUAUAUAUUAGAGUUUUAAGCAUUCAUAAUUGUAUAAUUUCUGCAAGAAAAUAGGUCGAAAAUCAAAAAAUACCAAAAAAUUCUAUUCGAGAGUUUUUCGACGCCAUUCCAUAUUGCUUUUUCAUGCAUUGAGUGCAAUCAUUCCCGGGCCUAGCUUUGAUAUUUCCAUUUUAAAAUAGAUUACGCUUCACGACUCGUCUAUCCGACCAAACUGACUUUUAUACAACUCAUAAAACGAAUCAAUCUAACACGCAUUUACUACGUAAACCACGAAUACUCUUGAGCUCUUGUUGCAAUUCAUCAUGUUUCACCUACUUUCUUGCACUAGGUUCGUAAUAAUUUCUUUUUCUGUCUCUAAUUAAGUUUGGAACUCAAUAGCAAUACACACAUCACAACUAAUUCCUGCUCCUGUUCCUCUCUGUCCAGCAAAUGAAAAUAUAUGAACACUUGUUUACGUAAAUGAGAAAACAUAUCGCCUUUGUUUUCACGUUUAAUAUUAACUGACUCCUAUGUAAAGGCCAUUUCAUUCGACUAGUGCAAAAUAAUGUUAGUACCGCCCAGGCACUACCCUUCCUGCGCUCAGGAAGCAGCCGGUACCUAGCGUAGUUGUACGUUUAUAUAAUAUUUAAUUUUUAACGGACAUUGUCAAAUUUGUACCAAUCUAUCAGAUAAGAAAUACAAAAAUAUGAAAAACUAACAAUAUCGUAACUUAGCAGAGAAUAAUAAAAACGGACUUCAUAAGAAUAUUGAUAUUACACACAAGGACAACACUUUGCGCUAAUAUGAGAAAUCUCAGUUGUUCUGUUUGUUUUUUUCCAAGAGCAUUCGAUAUAGCAAACAGCAGAAUGCAUGACUGAAAUAGAAAUGGCUAGUUCUGAUUACAGAUGAAAGGAAAAUAAAAGUUUAUGGAACGCUGUAAUGAAUUUUAGUUGAAGAAUUUUUAUUCGAGUCAACGUUAUGUUUUCAAUAUUGAUCAUGAUUGGAUACGAUUUUAUAAUAUCCUUUUGUAAUUAAAUGAUAAUAUUUAUGGGAUAAUAAAACAAAACUUAAUUGUAUUA